CCUUCGACCGGCCGGUGCGGUGUUCGUCGUUGUCGUCGUCGUCGUAGUCGUUCGCUUUCUGUUUUUUGCGUACACACCCAAAUACACGUAAAUUCACACACACGCACACACACACACACACACACACACACACACACAUACUUACACACACACACACACACACACACGCGUACACACGCACACAGUCAGGCACACUCGUACAUAGAUACACACACAUGCGUACACGUAUUAAUAUUAUAGAAAUUAAAAAAUUUAAUCCUACCGCCGUGCGCAGUGCGAUCUCUAUUUUUAAAUAUUUUUUUUUGAAAAUGUUGUCAAUUUUUUUCUUUGUAGUUUUAAAAUAAUUAUAUUCUAGCCGGAGUGGUUUAUUUAAAUAAUUAUUGUUGUUGUUGUAAUUUAUUUUUUGUGCGCCCGUUCCGAUGUGGUGUGUGAAUGUUUAAUGACGUCGCCGUCGCUGUCUUCGUCAGCCUCUCGAACACACCGUAUAAACAUCGUGGAGGAUUGACUUUGCGGUUCGCACUAUUGGACGGAAGUAGCGGAGGGGCGGCGGCGGCGUCGGCGGAAGGGUAGUCGAUGCGAUGUGCGUCGUGAGGGGUGACCGUUACUGUUAGCGUUGUCGCCGCCACCGUCGCCGUCGGCCGCUCGGGCAGCGGUGGUGACGGCGAUCAUGGUGCCGCCGUGGUGGCUGCUGGUGGCGUUCGUGUUCGGUGGCGUCAGCGCCGCGCUCACGUCCAGCCGGGUGGUGCGCACCAAGUACGGCGACGUGAGCGGAGUGAUCGUGACGCCCGACAACCGGCGGCUGGACGCGGUCGAGGUGUUCCGUGGCGUGCCGUACGCCUCGCCACCGGUCGGCUCGCUCCGGUUCAUGCCGCCGGUCACCGGUUCGCUGUGGUCGGGCGUCAAAGUGGCCGACCGGUUCGGGCCGGUGUGCCCUCAGCGGCUGCCCAACGUGUCCGACGAGACGGCCGCUCUGAAGACGAUGGCCCGCGGCCGCAUGCAGUACCUGCGCCGGCUGUUACCCUACCUGCAGAACCAGAGCGAGGACUGCCUGUACUUGAACAUCUACGCGCCGGCCCAAGUCAAUUUUGGAAGUGCAGAUAAAAUAUCACCGAAGCCUGUGCUCGUGUUCAUACACGGCGAAUCGUACGAGUGGAAUUCGGGGAAUCCAUACGAUGGCACAGUUUUGGCAAGCUAUGGCGGUCUAGUAGUAGUCACCAUAAAUUACAGACUAGGAAUAUUGGGUUUUUUAAAUCUCAACUCCAAUCAGCACCUCAAGUCACCGUCCAACUACGGUCUCAUGGACCAAAUAGCAGCCCUGCACUGGAUACAGGAAAAUAUAGCAGUAUUUGGUGGCGACCCUAGUAACGUGACAUUAAUGGGUCACGGUACAGGAGCCGCUUGCGUCGGUUUCUUGAUGGCAUCGUCUGCGGUACCAGAUGUGUUAUUCCAUCGGGCGAUCCUGCUCAGUGGUUCUCCUCUGAGUCCACUAUCUCUAGUCAGAGACCCUGUGUACUACGGCCAUCAAGUGGCCAAGUUGGUCAACUGUUCGCCAGAUUUGCAACACUUGCACCUGCUCAACUGCCUACGCGACACGCCGCUGGACCAGUUGUUGAACGCACAACUCCACGUCCCCGAGUUCACCACUGCGUUCGGGCCCAGCGUCGACGGUGUCAUCAUCGACGUUGGAACUGCUGCUGAGUCCAGCAGACUCAGCGCCCAGUCAAACGGUCAAGAUAAUGGACCCGGUAGACCGCCAGAGGAUCCAAAGGAAUUGGUUUUAGCCAACGGAUUCGGGCCAGCUAUUCUAGCUAAUCCUUCGGCCCGGCAACGGUUGCUUUCCAGGUUGUCGAGAUUCGAUCUGAUGUUGGGUGUAGUGCGGGCCGAAUCGUUUUUCGCAUUUACCGGCGACGAUGUCCAAUACGGUAUCGAAGCUGAUCGAAGGACUAAAAUUCUAAAGACUUACGUCAAAAACACAUACAAGUACCAUUUGACUGAAAUAUUGGCGACCAUCGUCAACGAAUACACCGACUGGGACAGACCGGUACAACAUCCGGUGAACAUCCGGGACGAGACGUUGGAAGCCCUGUCCGACGCCCAAGUCGUAGCACCCGUGAUCAACACGGCCGACCUCCAUUCGGCCAAUCGCAGGAACUCGUAUUUGUUCGUGUUCGAUUACCAGACGAAGUACGGGGAUUAUCAACAAAGACAAGGAUGUAUCCACGGUGAAGAACUUCCGUACAUAUUCGGUGCCCCACUGGUAGGGGGAUUGAUGCAUUUUCCGAGGAAUUACACCAAGUCAGAAGUCCUGCUUUCCGAGGCUGCGGUUAUUUACUGGAGCAAUUUUGCACGGACGGGUAAUCCCAAUGAGCCGCAGGACCAGGACAUGUUGCACAAACAAGAACACGGUCGGUUUAAGAAUAUCGAAUGGACUGCGUACGAGACCGUACAUAAAAAAUAUUUAAGUUUAGAUACGAAGCCCAAAUUGAAAAGCCAUUACCGAGCUCAUAGACUGUCGUUUUGGUUGAAUUUAGUUCCCGAACUGCACAAGCCCGGCGACGACGUACCUUAUUAUCAUCAUAUGUUCCAAUCCGAUCUACGCGGAAUGACGUUUAAACCCGGUUCCGAAAGAACAACGAACAGACCGACACCGGACGUUUACUACCGGGGCUCAGGUCAGCCACCGUCCAUAAUGCAACAGCCCACGACUGGCAAUAAGACCACUUCCGGGUCUUCCGACAGCGGUACGGCCAACGGGACGAACGUGCUACAACCUCCACCGGUGGUGGUGGCGUCUUCCUCUUCUUCAGAUCGCGGGGAUGGCGAUAACGACGACGGCGGUGGUAAUGGAGGCAGACAGCUCAAAAACGGGCCAGGUGGCGACAAAGACGACGGAGAGGGUGGCAGUCGAUCGUCUUCGGAUUCCGACGGCCAGGACGACUUAAAUGGUGGUGGCGGUGGAGGCGGAGCAGCUUAUCAGACAUUUCCGUUGGCCUUGGCAGUGGCCAUAGGCAUUGGCUGUUCGCUGUUGUUCCUCAACAUAAUGAUUUUCGCGGUGAUUUACUGCAACAAGUCAGCCGGUUGGGGUGGCAGGCGGGGCAGCAGCACCAGCAGCCGGCGGACUUCCGGUGCCGGAGGAGAUGCCGAGGACUUGCAGCAGCAGCAGGACGACCGGAUCAGGAAGAUCAAAAAACGUCCCGAGAACGGAGGUCCGAUGACUAAUCUGUGUUCUACAGGAGGCGCCACUGAGUUGUUGCAAAUGAUGGAGACGCGGCCGGUGACGCAACACCUGCAGCAACACCAGCACCAACAGCAACACCAACAACCGCAUUCAAUACUAAAGAAACCUCCAGUUCCUGUAACCACUGCGGUCGUCCCGAACGGCCCUCAGCCUCCGACCGACGCGGGCGGUGUGUGCGGGCCCGUGGUCGCGGGCGCUGUGUCCAGGGGGGCCGCGCAACCGCCGCCGGCCGAAUUCGCCGACGUCGCGGCCCAGUGCUAUCACCCGGGCGGCAGCAUCGUGGGCAUUGGCACGUCCUCCACGCUGCCCCGGCCACCGCCGCCGCCAAAGUGCCCGCGGCCGGAUCACCAUCACCAUCACCACGGCAGCGGCGGGGGCCAUCACCACCAGCAGCAUCUACACGGGACCAUCAGGAGACACGCGGCCGCUUCGUCCGCGCUGCCGGCCUGCACGUGUUCCGGCCCGGUGGCCGCUGGCGUCGGUCCCGCGCCGCUGCCACCGCAACACCAGCAUCACCCGCACGCGUCUUCGUCCAACCUGACCGUGGACGCGGCCACGGAGCCGUGCACCAAGGCGACGGCCGUUGAGGAAUUGCACGUGUGACAGUCGAACCGCGGCCACCGCCGGUCGUCCGACACGGAAAUUGACCGGUUGGCCAACGACCUGACCAGGAUAUGCGACCAGCUUCGCGAGUCGUCUGGCGGCGGCGUCAGCGAUGGCGAUGGUAAUGGCGGCGGCGGCGGCGGCAGCGACUUGUUCUACUUAUGACAUUACUUGACGUUCGACGAGUGGCAAACCCGCGCGAAAGCGCACACACGAAACGACACCCACUAAAGAUGUCUCUGUACAUAUUAUUAUUCUAAUAUUAUAUAUUAUUACGUGUAAUUCAUAAUGAUGUUGACAUUGUAUAAUUAUAUCUUUAAAAUAAAAAACUAAUGUUUCCUCGGUUGUUCCCCAACGGAUUCUCAGUGAAAUCACCCCAUCACCCGUGCAUCGUCCCUCUCGCCAUCGACGUCCCCAUCUUCAAACUUACAUUGCUAUCGUUGGAAUUAUUAUUAUUAUUAUUAUUAUUAUUAUUAUUAUUAUUAUUAUAAUUAUUGUCUAUGAUCGAUAUUUUAAACGGUUAUUGUUGAAUCGGUUUUUUUGUUUACGUGAAAUGUUGUUAGUGUUAUUUGUAUUACUAUUGUUAUUCCGUUGGUCGUUAAUAAUUUUAGUUACCAAAAAUUCUGUUGAAUUCGUGUUAUAAUUACUGUGGUUAUACACGUCGAUGCAUUUUGAUGAAAUCUUCUUUUUCCAAUGACAAUAAUAUUUGAUUUUCCAACAACCCUACAAUAUCGUACAUCACUGAAAGGUACAUUAAAUUAUCAUUAUUAUUGAAUCUAUCAAAAAUAAAUAUAAAAGCUCUAAUUAAACGGAAACACCGUGAAUAAUAUUAUGCAUCUACAGGAGACGGAUAUACGUCAUUGGUGUAUAGCCUCGAAUGUGCUGUAAAAAUUAAUCUUACACUUCUCGUGACGCAUGUUGUAUUAAUUCAUUAUUUAUUAAAAUAGAAAAUGUCUUAUCUUUAAACCGGUCCUGACUCAUAAAUUUCACUUGUAUUAAUUAGGGACCGUUCCUUUCGUCUUUAAAGACCCAUCGAUUUCAGCGUUAUGUUGGAUCAGACAUAAACAGUUCAAAAUAGUGUUUAUAAUUUAACAACAGUUGUUCGAAUUGCGCGUUACCGGACAAUUAAAUUGUAAUUUUACCAAAAGUAUACAAUUUCGACAUUUUGAAAUUCAAUUCGAUGACGGCUACUUUAAACGAUAGUUAUAAAAUGUUUCAAGGUGGGUGGUACUAAAAAAAAUCAAAACAAGAUAAAAACUGCGUUCUGGAAUAAAGUUUGUAACUCUGUGUAGCCAAACCUGGUACAAAAUUUAUUUUUUGUUAAAAGUUUACCGACACGAGACAGAAACAAACAAUUUAUUUUAUUCGGAUCUUGUUAUUAUGCAUAUCGAAAAAGUUUAAAAAUAAAUAAAUAAAAUGAAAAAAAAUAAAUAAUGAUUUGUCCCAAACCGAUGCAAAUUUAGUUUUCCUCAACUGUAUACGAUACAUAAUAAAGUAUUGCAUAAUACAGUAUUUUCAUAAGUAAACAGUAUAGUUUGUUGUCAGAAUAAAAACGUCAUUGGAAAUAGGAAAACGCCUUCACCCGAGUCAAACAUUGCUCACAAAAACCGUGAAAUAUUGAUUAAAUAUUAUUUAAUAUUAUAAGAUUAAAAUAUAUUAAAUGUGUGUAUUGAUGUUGUAACGAUAUAAUGUGCAUUAGAAAAAUAAACUAUGUAAAAGCGGUACUGCCACGGUUAAUGGUGUACACUUGUAAUCCCAAUAAGUCCCCCUAUUCAAGUCAAUUGAGACCGAAAAAUAAAUAAAAACACAUGAUUGUAUAAUAAUAUAAUACUAUAAUAUAGAUAUCGAUGUUCCGCCGAAAGAACGAUGAGUUUCGGGUCACCAGCUCACUAGAAAAUUAUGUUAUUCUUGUUGAUGGAAUUUUUAAAAUAUGUCAACAACAGUAAAAUAUUAUUAAAACUUAAACUCGGGGCACGAUAAUUUAAAAAAUUCUAAAGACAACCCAGGUCCAUUUUGGAAGACAAAGACAGAGAUAUUAUAUUAAUAAUAUGUUGACUGCGUUGGUACAUUGGUCGUUGCGGAAGCGUUUAACUUCACGGUAUCAUCAAAAUUGUUGUCAUAUAAUUAAUUAAUUUUUAUGAACAUUUUUAUACAAUUCUCUUUAAAAAAUGCAGUACAACGUGGUUCCCAUUCAAAGCUCAUAAUAUUUUGAUGAACUAUAAUAAUAACAAACACUCUCCGACAGUAAACCGUUUAUAGUCAAUCGAUUUUCUACUCUGCUUCUCAAAAAUAUCUAUAAAUCACUUGAGACAAGUAUCGUAAUACAAUAUGUAAUAGACUAAUAAUAAUUAAGAAAACAAUAAGUAAUGAGUAUUAGUUUUAUUAUUUAAACUCACCGGUCGACCGCGGAACGACCUCUAACAUAUUAUUAUUAUUAUCAUAUUAAUUUGUUGUAAAGGGGUACCUAUAUAUAAGAGUUACCAAAACCUCAUAAUAAAAUAAAACGAUAUUUUGUG